AUGAUCCAGCACCUCACCUCACCUGACCUCACAGCGACGAAGAUGCUGAGGCAGCACCUCCCCUAUUUCAACAGCAGCCGUCGUGUUCCUCUUGCGUCUAGAAAGACAAGCUCAAGCUCUAGAAGUAGCGCCAACACCAGACCUUUUCUGUGCCUAGCCCUCUUCCUCCUCCUGAUUCUUGUUGUGGCCGCCGUCUUCUUGUUCCCACCAGCGAUCAUGUCUUCCUCUUCCUCGUCGUCGUCGUCGGCCGCGGCCGUGCCGUUUCAGAGCCCGAGGAAGGUGGUGAAGAAGGUGCUCUCGUUGUCCCAGUCCGAGGGCGACGGCGCCACCGUCCGCCGGAGCAUCGGCCGUCAUGAGCUCCGGAGCCUGGACCCGUUCCUCCUGCUCGACGAGUUCUCCGUCUCCAAGCCCGGCGGAUUCCCGGACCAUCCGCACCGAGGCUUCGAGACCGUCACCUACAUGCUCGAUGGGGCCUUCACCCACCAGGACUUCUCUGGCCGCAAGGGCACCAUCAGGACAGGAGAUGUGCAGUGGAUGACUGCGGGGCGUGGCAUCGUGCACUCGGAGAUGCCGGCAUCCGACGGCGUGCAGAAGGGCCUGCAGCUGUGGAUCAACCUCGCUUCCAAGGACAAGAUGAUCAAGCCGCGGUACCAGGAGCUCGAGAGCAAGGACAUCAGCCAGGCCGAGAAGCACGGUGUGAAGGUGCGGAUCAUCGCCGGGGAGGCCUUCGGGGUGCGGUCGCCGGUCUACACACGAACACCGACCAUGUACAUGGACUUCACAAUGCAACCAGGGUCGCAUCUCCACCAGCCAAUCCCUGAGGGCUGGAAUGCUUUCGUGUACAUCAUCGAGGGGGAGGGUGUAUUUGGCAAGGAGGGGGCCGCGCCGGCGAGCGCGCACCAUUGCCUUGUGCUCGGCGCCGGCGAUGGGCUCAGUGUGUGGAACCGGUCUGGCGCGCCGCUGCGCUUCGUGUUGGCUGCAGGUCAGCCGUUGAAUGAGCCAGUGGUGCAGCAGGGGCCCUUCGUCAUGAACUCUCGUGCCCAGAUCCAGAAGGCCAUGGAGGACUAUUACCACAGCCGCAACGGCUUCAAGAAGGCCAGCCAGUGGAGCUCCACUUGA